AGUACCGCGCAAGCUCGCCGAAUCCAGAUAUGCCGUAUCUCAGACAAUUUAUCGAUCGCCGUUGCCAUUUUAUUUUCACAGCUGAUGGGUAGUUGAAUAAGAUUUCUUCGUAGCUGAAGCAAACGUCCGCCGCGAAUCUUAAAAUUUAAACAGGUCAUGUAUAUCGAAAUGUGGAGUCUGUUGAGAACUGUUCUGUGUUUGCUUUUUAUAGUUAGCGAUUUAGGCAUUCUAGGAAGCGUUAGUGAAAACGUCAGGGAAAAUGACAGCAAAGUUUCUGGAAUACAAGACAACAACAUAAAGAAACGCUACGAUGCUGACAUACAAAACUGCAUAGAAAAUUUUGAUAUUCACAGUGAUAAAAUCAUUCGAACGCAAGACUCUUUAGAUAUGGGAGCCAAAUACAUAAACGAAGUGGAAGUAGCAUCAAGAGAAGAAUGUUUAAGACUGUGCUGCGAAACGAAUUCCUGCGAUGUUUUUGUGUUUGAAGAAAAGGUGCCGGGCAGCUGCUACAUGUUCCACUGCGGGCCGGUGGGCGACUUCCGCUGCAAGUUCACCAAGCACCGCAACUACAGCAGCGCCGUCAUGGCGGGCCCGCACUCGGGGAUGGAGGCUGCUUCGGAGCUGGAGCAGCAGAUCCGGCUCACCAAGCACGAGCAACAGCUCACCAACCUAAGGAAGUCUGAGUCACUGCCCGCGUCCUCGGCGCUGGAGCAGCUGCCGGCCAUCCCGGAGUCUGACGGCGCCGCCUCGCAGCCAGCCCCGCCGCCCCCGCACCCAGAAGCGCUGGCCACGCCGCCGCCGCCCACGCAUCCGCCCCCGCCCCCGCCGCCUCCUCCCGCUCCCACUCAGCCUCCCACCACGCCUCCUGGCCGGAGGUGCAGUCGGUACCAGUUCGAGUGCCGGGAGUCCGGAGAGUGCAUCGCCAUCUACAACGCGUGCGACGGCAUCCCGCAGUGCGCCGACGGCAGCGACGAGGCUGUCGAACUGGGCUGCCCGGCCCCCGCCCCGCCACCCACAACAAUACCACCACCACCUCCACCACCACCGCCAACGCUCAGUCCCCCAGUAUACCAACAAGUGGAAAUGCAUCCUGAAGCACCACCAGUUCGCUAUGGACCUUCACAACAGCAGCUGCCCUCCCAAGUUCAUAAGCAGCAAGUCCUGCAGGGAGAUGAAAGGCAAACACAGCACAUGCAACAGCAACCACUUCAUGCCUACCAGUAUCAGUCUGCUAGUCACAUCCCUGAGAAUGAACCUCUACCUUCACAGCAGCAGCAGCAACACCAGCAGCAAUUUAAACAACCACCUCAUCAGCAAAAGUAUGUGGAAAAUGGCAUGUUACUACAUGUCCCAGUGCAGCAGGCUCAACGAGGAUUCUAUAAUCAAGAUUCCUGGCAAAGUCAGCAUCAGUACCAACAGUAUGAUGAUCAGAACAGUCACAUAUUUAACCACAAAGGGAGUGGAUUAGUCACAGAUACAGACAGGUACAAACAUACAGGGAAACACCCAGCUAGGUACAAUCCAGCAGGCCAAUACAAUGAAGUUCCCCAUGAAGAAUUUAACAAAUAUGGCAACAAUGUGCCAGCAAACUAUUACAACAAUGGCCAGUAUCAGAUGCCAUCCCUUCAGAACAACUGGCAAGGACAGCAACAGCCCAAUGCCAUAAAUCCAAACAUGGUGCACACUCCAGAUGAAGUACCUCCUGUAGGACAGUCUAGGAUGUCUGCUGAAGGCCCACAAAGUUAUGGAACUGGGCCUGUGCCUCCAGAUUAUUUUUAUGAGGAAAGCCAGGAGGGGUCAGCUGUACAUGGGACUGCAAGAGGACAACACACUCAUUCUGCACAACAAGGAGAGAGAGAGAGCAUUGUUGACAGUGCAUCUCUGAUGCAGGUUAAGCAUCAACAACCACAGCAACAACACUUACAACGGCAACACCACAGAUUACCACCAGGACAAGUAGAAGGCAAAAUUAUUAACAGCCCACCUGAAAACUCACAAAGCAGAAAGAAUUAUGAAUCAGUUGAUAUUGUAGUUUAUACCACACAAGAACCUUCACUACACAGGGAUUCUGGUAUGAAAGCAAGUCACAGUGAGCACAGCAAAAAUAGUUCACAUACCAGGCAUCCUGUCUCUCCUUCUCAGCCACUGAGGUCAGAGGGACCAGAUGAUACUGAUAUCAUUGUGGAGCCAGUGGAUGGCGAAGCUGCCCGUCCUAGUGGUGCCAUUUUAUCACUUGCACUUGGAUUGUGUGUAACAGGCAUAAUGGUUGUACUUGUUGGGUGCCGAUUACGUGUUGUUCGGAAGAGACUCCGUAGAGGUGGCAAAUCCCCGUAUGCUCAUGAAGCAGAUUACCUUGUGAAUGGCAUGUACUUGUAGCUCUACACUGAGCAAUAACUAAUUGAAUCUAACAGAGGCCUUAACAAAUGUGAAACUUCCGCAAGAGUUAAGCAAGUACCAGGAAGGAACUCAAAACUAGAACUGAAAAUUGUUUUUAUACUAUUGUUAUAACAGUUGUAAUAUGUGUGUAACUUCAGUAAUAAUGUAAUCAUAUCUGAUGCAGGGUGAUUUAGUUCAAAUGAACAUUCAUGUGAUUACAACAUGUAUUUUUCUCUAGUGUUUCACAUUUAAAUGCCUUAAUGCCUCAUAGCAUUAUCUGUGAACAUAUCAAAGAGAGAACAAUAAAUUCAUAGUUUGAAGAAUGCAGACUGAAUUGUUAAUUACAAAGCAAACUUCAUACUCUUGUUUGUUUUUUUCCUGUGGCCUAUUAUUAAUAUAUAGUAUUCAGUCUGCUAGAAGAUACCUUCUUUUUGAGAGAAUUGUAAGUUUCCUCUUUGUUUAAGGAUUUUGACAAUGAUUUUGACAAUGUUUUUACUAGCUAUUAUGCUAAAUAUUAAAAUAUUGCAAAACUUUCAUAUUAUUCAUGCAUAGCAUUGGUAAUUGUGCCUCCAGAAAUAAGAGUUAUAAAUAACACUGUACAUUUGAUGUGCCUUGCAUCUUCUGUUCUAGUCUUGCCCCUGAUUUCUGAGGAUUUUUGAGUCCAUUUGGAAUACUUAAGGACUUCCUUUCCCUUCUCUAUAAGGAUCUAGAUUCAGAUAAAUGAAACAUAUGGUUUAAAGCUUCAACUUCUUUGGGCUUCAGCCAUCAUAUUUUCAGGUUAACUGUGUCUUUAUUUCCACUGAUAUAGUAAGUCGUGAAGUAGAUGUUAUUCAGAUUAUGAUGUUCUUUAUAAUAUCAGAACACCUCUAGGCACCAACAUAUUUUAGAACUAAACUUCAGCCUAAAGGAUUGCUGUGUAGUUUUUCCACCCAGAAUUAAAAAUCUGUUAAUUUUCUGAGAAUGUCUUUACACAUGAAAAGAGAAUGUAAACUUGCAAUUAUGGUACAUUAUGUUGAACUUGUUUCAGCUUUCCAUCAGUGAAUAGGCUUUGCAUCAGUGAUUAGGCAAAAGCAGAAAGAAAGUAAAUAUCAAUAAUUCAAACUUGACUUUCAAAUUGAAUGAAAAAUUAUAAAUCUGAAUUUAUAAGAACAAUAUAGAAAGAUAGAUCGCUACUCACCAAGAGAGGAGGCACUGAGCCACAAACAGGCACAGUGAAAAAGAAUGCUAGAACUAUUUCAGCUUUUGGGCGAAGUCUUUCUCCAGAAGUAGAAAACUCACACCAGUUGCACAACAACGACAACUUACUUGCGCAUGGCUGCUGUCACUCGCAUGGCUGCUGUCGCUGAGUGCCGAGUCCUCACUGGCCUUGUGCCCAGAGACAGUAGCCAUGGGGGAGUGAAUUGUUAUUGUUGUUUUGUGAAUGUAUGCGUCUCCUACUUCUGAAGAAAGACUUUGCCAAAAAUCUGAAAUAAUUUUAGCUUUAUUUUUCAUUGUUUCUGUCUGCAACUCGAAAUUUGAGUUUAUAAUAUUACCUUGAUUCUGUCUAUGAAUGUUCACUAAUACAGGCCUGAUGUAUGCAAAAUGAAUAAGGUACCAAGAAGUAUCAUAAAUUCAUAUUUACAAUUUCACAUUCAGUCUUUACAUUUACUUUCAGCUGUGAAAUCAUUGUCACAAAAUCAACAAGUGUCACAUUUGGUUAAUGUGGGUGAAAAGCUGAAGUAAAUGUAAGGCAGACUUUUUUUUUUUAAAAAAAAAGGAAAAGGCUGUCAUUCUUCAGACUGAAGUGUAGCUUCACAAUAUGUUUGACCCAACAACAACAGUAGGCUAUAUGCAGUGUUUGGAAGCAUUUUAAUAUUAGUAGAUAUCCUACCCUUAGAGUUACUUUUAUGAUAUGCACACACACACACACACACACACACACACACACACACACACACACACACAAUUUGAAAUUAAUAAUUUAUGUGCUUUUGAUACACAUAUAUUUAAUCCAAUUUUCAUUGUAUUACUUCCAUAUUAUAUGAAUAAUAUCCUACAAGAAGUUACCAUAAGUUAAAACUAAUUAUCACAGCAUCCAUUAUUUUUUAAGUCUUUUAACAAGAAAAUGGCAUUGUAGUAAUUAUCACUUAAGCUGAUCACAAUUGCAAAUGUUAUCAUCAUUUGUAAAUUGCCUAAAUUGACAGUUGUUGUUUCAUCAUACAUUCAAUAACUGCAAUGAAAUUUGAGACAUGAAAUCAUAUUCCAGUGUUACAUUUUAGAAUCUGGAAACAUCAGUGUUCGAUGUGAAGGAAAACUGCUGGUAGUAUAGUUGUGGAAGAGCUUACAGAGCUGAUUUUCGGAAACAUGAAAUCAGGAUUUUUAUUUUACAGACAUUUUUUAUUAUUUCUUUUAAAAACAUUUUUGGUGUAUUCCACUUCUGUAUUUGUUUCAGGACAUUGCAGUUGUUGUUUAUUUUCUUUGGUGUAAAUAUAUUUUAUGUAAACGCAAAACAACAAAAUGAUUAUGUCAUCAUAAUUUUUUAAAUGGCAAAGUACACAUGUAUAGGAAAACUCAAAGAAGCUCUUGACAUCAUGCGAUAAAACAUUAAUUUUGAAAAUGUGUUUACAACUCAUGUGAAAAAUAUCAUACAUAAUGUGAAAAAUAUCUGAUUAGCGGCAUAGGAAGGAUAUAAAAGUACAUACCACACGCUUUGGACUGUAAAUGUGUUUUUAACAAUUGCUGUGGAAGAAAAUGAUGAGAAACCAAACAGAAUGGCAUAUGGAAACAUGUAGCCUUAGAAAGAAGGGGAAAAGUUAUUUGAGACAUUAGUCUCUUUAACAGUAUUCAGCAUCAUUAGACUCUCCAUCAGUACGACUCCAAUCUCUUUCACAGUUCUCACAGAUCGUUGUGUGACUGACUUUCACUUUUUGUGUCCUAUCAUUUUUUUGUGAAUUUUUGUCAUCAUGGAGUUUUCAGUUACUCUGUUUGAUGUAUUUAUCUCACUUUCUGAGUAAGUGACAAAAGGUUUGUCAUUACAUUCUGUAAAACAUUGAUAUAAACAUUUAAUUCUCCUGUUAGCAACUUCAUCAUUUUACAUUCCACUGAGCUGAGUAAGACUGCCAUUUCUGUGCUGAUGUAAAUUUAGCUUUUGAUAGACAUAGCUACAAAAAUACUGUAAUGUAAUUGAAAUGGAAAUUUUAACUAUCAGAAAAGCUGUAAAUAAAUAUAUAUGUUACACUAUUGAUAUCUACAAGAUUGUUUAAAAACAAUGUGUAUGAACACAAUAGCAGUUUUUAAAAAUAUGAUAUUGCGAACAUAAAAAGUAAUGCCAAACAUUUAUUUUUCAAAAAGGAAAAGAAAAACCUGUGCAAAUCAAGGAGGGAAACAUUUCACCCACAAGAGUUCUUUGUAUAUAAUUAUAUUUGGUAAAGUGGUAUUUCUUUUGAUAAAAGUAAGUCUGAAUUGUAAACUGAAUCACCCUGUAAUUAGAUAGUGGCUGUCUAGUCAGUGUACAGAUUGCUUUUCCGUGAUGUCUUCAGCUGUCGACAUGUUAUACUCUGGAAAUUUCAUUUCCAUGAUGAAAUGAUUUGUUUAAAAUUUCAGUUUUUUCCCUUUAUGACUUUGAUUACAUCCAUUUCAUUGAUGAAUGGAGAUGUAUCAUUAUUAAUGUCUCAAAUAAUUGAAAAUUGUAUACUUGUUCAUAUAAGCAAGCAUUUGACAACAUCUGUAACUGUCUCAUGCGAAUUGUCGAUUAUCACUUGUUAGAAGUGUUAAAUUUAUGCUUGUGGUAUAAAUUUAAUAUUUAGACUUUUUUGCAAUACAAUAAAAUAACAUUACAUUGAUUAAAAUAAGUUAUUCAUGUGAGAAAAUAAUGGAAAAAAUACUCAAGUUGGUAAUAAAAUAUAUUGUCAUUUCAGAAAUGUUUUGUUGCUCCAAUAUGGUUAUAUUUCAAACAGAGCCAUAUGGAAGUGAUCCUGCACCCUUGGCAGAACUGCCAAAUCUGCACCUUUUCCUUCUGCCUCCCCCCUGCCCCCCUCCCUAGUCAUAAAACUACUUUUCUUCAUUUUUUCCUACAUAGCAUAAGUUUAAUUAUUAUUAAAACUGCAAAAAAUAA